AUGACCAAGGAGCACGUGCAACAUGUACCAGCUGAGAAUCGGUUUCAGCAGUUGAUCACAAGUUCCAAAAAUGACCCGAAACAAUUGCAAAUCGCCUAUGAGGUCCAUAGAAGCAAUAGAAAUGACCUUUUCAGAAAUCAAAUCUGCCAACCCGGAUUCUGUGAAUGGAAAGAAGACGAGAUCCUGUCCAAAAUCCUCGAGGCAGAGAAGGGGUUGACAGACUUUGUCGACCUGAGACACAACCUUGCCUUUUGGGCACGCCCGCCACAACAUAUCCGAGACUUGGUCUCCAAGAUCCAGCAGGAGAUUGGUCCCUUAAUUGGACCUGGUCUCUGGCUCGUACCCUCGGAUAAUCUGCACAUGACCACGCUCGAGAUCAGGUCCGCAUUGUCAGGGCCUGAAAUCGAUGAGAUCGCGUCUUCUCUCGAUAUGAGCGGGCGGGUAGUAGAGCUGGCAAACUACACUCUCACCCACCGUGCUCGGCUGGUCAAGCCAGUAAUCAGCUACGACACUUCCGCUAUUGCUCUGAGCUUUGUUCCGGCAGCUGGCGAGGAAGAUCGCUGUGAGUGUAGUGGAAAUGAUAGCCAGUUUACGUAUCACCAUCUGCGGAGCGAUCUCUACAACAUCGUGACUCAAUCUGGUUGUCCAAUCGCGGCUAGGUAUACCGUUCCGUCUGCGCAUGUCACCAUUGCGCGCUUUGUUACGCCUAAUGGAUCCAUAGCAGAAUCAGAUUCCCCAAAGGAAGUUGAGGAGAAGGCAUCACAACUCAUUGGUAAGAUCGAGGAUCUCAAUGAUGAACUCCGCUCAAAUGUGUGGAGGAGAUUGGGGGACCCAUCUCAAGGGCAAUGGGUGAUAGGCCAUGAAAAGGGGUUGGAAUUGAUAAAAGGCCGAACAUGGUAUGGAGUAGGGGAUAGUGUUGUACUUGGAAAAGGAUUUUUAUAG